AUGACUCAAUUAAUAAGCUAUUAUGGUUUUUUUAUAAUGGCCAUGUUCUGGUGGUCUGUAACCACUGCAGUUUAUAAAGAUGAGGCUUAUAAGAUAGAUUGGGAAAUUCAAAAUAUUGGGGAUUUAAAAUGCAUAGACAGAUCUGGUGAUUCAUUUAUUGUAUUAUCCGAAUUAAAAAAUAAUAACGAUAAAUCUUUGCUAAGUUGGAUUAAUGUUGAGACGGGUGAUAUAGAAUAUAGACAAGUCCUUACCGACACCUAUGACGGUUUUGCUAUCAACAACAACAGCAACACCGUUUAUUUGAAAAAUAAAAAUGGAAAGGGGACAUUUAAAGCAAUUGAUGCCAAGUUUGGGUUUGCUCAAGAGUUAACUUUAGAGGCAGAAAGUGAGCUUUUCAAAGAUUUGAAUUUUACUAACGCUUGUAAAAAUUAUGGUUUUAAUUCGCUAGUCAAAUUGGAUAAUGCGGAUCACUCCAUAAAAAUUUUAGAUUCGCAAGAUGGUAAAAAUGUAGUUUUGAAAGCUGUUUUACCCGAUGAUAAUGUCAGUGUUUUGUAUUUAGAAACAGACCAUGUUUCUACAUUAGAAUACUUGAUUUACAACCAAAAUGAUGACAUAUAUGCUUAUUUCAUGUAUGUUAACAACACGUUGGUUAAUUCUUGGUAUAGAGACGAAUCAGUGUCAGAUGUCACUGCAUACACCGUUAUUAGCCCACAUGACAAAAAUAUUGAAGAUGAUAAAGAGUCUUUAGAAAUCGAAGAUUCAAAGAAAAACCUUUGGGAUGCCUACAUUUAUAGACUUCAGACAAAUUUUGCCAAGUUAAAAAAUGCUUUGAUUAAAAGGAGACUUUCGCUCAGCAAUAUUGUGUUGGAUUUAUUUACAGAAGAUAAAAGUGUUGAGGGUAUUCAAAAGAGAAAUGAGAACUUUGGCUUUAACAAAUUGCUUUUAGUCGGUAAUGAAAAGGGGGUCAUCACAUGCUUAGAUUUAAACAAUGGUACUAUUUACUGGAAUUACAAAACAGGGGUUCCAAUUUCUAAGUUGUUAACUAGGAAAAAUGAACAUGAGCUGCUUGUUUUUUCUCCUGGUGGCGAAAUAAUGAGUUUUGAUAUUUCCAAUACUUAUGAGAGACCAGAAAGUUUUACUAGUAUCGAAAAGACCAUUAAAAACAGUAAAGUUGCGUUGUUAUCCAAUGGCGAUGACAUUUUUGUAAAGUCUGCUCAGGGUACCAAUAAUGUAGUUUUGCAUAACAAAAGUGCAACAGAUGUUGAGAAUUAUGAAUCUGAGUAUAUCAUUGAUCAUGAUUUAUAUUCUAUCACUGCUUUCAAACACGAUGGCGAUAAACUAACUGAAAUUUGGAAGUACAGUGUCGACCCUGUUUGUGAACAUAUUUCUGCAAUCAGUGGUAAGGAUAUUGAGGAGCCUAUUGUCAAUAUCGGUGUCACCUUGGGCAAUAGAACUGUUUUGUACAAGUAUUUAUAUCCACAUUUGUUUGUCGUUGGGAUUGUAAACACGAAAUUGAAUUCAUUAACUAUUCAGAUUAUCGAUAGUGUUACUGGUGAACUUGUCUAUUCGACUAUUCACAAAAACAAUGUUGCGACUGAAAAGCCAGUAAGUGUCGCGUUUGGUGAAUAUUGGGUAGUUUAUUCUUAUUUUGCCAAUGAACCAAUUCCCGAACAAACUUUAAAUGUCAUUGAAUUGUAUGAAUCAUUAACUCCAAAUGAGAGAAUGAGUAAAGAAGUAGAAAAAGAUGUCUUUGAUUCUCGUGCCCCUCCGGCAGUUAUUUCAAAAUCCUAUUUUUUCCCUGAUGUCAUUGACAAUAUUGCGUUGACUAAAACUAAAUUUGGUAUUACUACAAAGGCUAUCAUAUUACAAUUGGAAAAUGGCCAAAUAACCUAUUUACCUAAAUAUUUAGUAAGCGCCAGAAGGAAAGAUGAAAAGGACAUGACAGACGAUGACAAGAAAGAAUUUAUGGCUAGUCCGUAUGUAGGCACUAUUCCUAUAAAUGAUAAUUUUGUUAUUACACAUUUUAGGGAAAUAAUUCCAGUUAAAACCCCACAUUUGGUUUCAUUUCCAACUAAUUUAGAAUCCACAUCGUUUGUUUGUAGUUUUGGACAUGAUAUAUUUUGCACUAAAGUAGCACCUUCAUCUCAAUUCGAUGUUUUACCACAAAAUUUUGAAAGAGCCCAAAUAAUUUAUACAAUUAUAGGGUUAUUGGUUACAUUAUAUUUCUUAAAACCCUUUGUUGAAAAUAAAAAUUUGAAAUUGAAAUGGUUGGUUAAAGAAUGA